CAGCAGUAAGUGCGCUGAUAACAGCACAAGCACACUGUAAAGAUGAACCUACAAAACAGGCAUUAUUUGAGAAACACAAAGAAUUCUUAGAGUCACAAUUAGAAAAAGUAGGAGAUAUGCAUGAUGACACAGAAAUUCAAGGAAAAAUUUAUGGAGAUGUUAUCAAAGCAAGAAAAAAGGAAAAACCACAAAUGUUACUGCCCGAUCCAAAUAGAAGAAGUACUUACAAACCAUACGAACAGUAUAAUGUACCCAGAGACAAACAAUUUGCUAAAGAAAAUGAACGAAUUGGAAUAAGAAUACCAUAUUCACCCACAGAUGAUGUAUUCUUAGAUGAAAGACUAUCACAAAUCUCUAAAAGAAAUGAAAAUAUUCCGCAAGGAGCAUUACCAAAAUUAACAUACCUUAAAGCCCUUACACCUACUACUGAAAAUAAUAAUACAUUUAAUCGAAAAAGAGAUGAAAGAGGGUAUACACUAUCACCAGAUCUUUAUGAAAGAAAACAAACAAGAUAUAAAAGCCCAAGUCUUUGCUCAAAACAUACAAAUCAAAUUUCUAAUGAAGAAAUAGAAGAAAGAACAGGAGAAAUAGAAAUACUAUAUUAUAAUAAUGUACAUAAUGAAGGACAAUCCUCAACCUAUGUACCAAUACAAAAUACCUUUAAAGGACAAACAUAUACUAU